AUGGACGAUAUCAUCUUCGUUCGGUCGGUCGAGAAGCCACAAACUCCGAAACCUGGUGGUGGUCGUCCAACAAAGCGCGCAAAGCCCAACGACAUCCCAGCACAAGAUGUUUCCCCCAGCUUAACGAAGCGUGCAAAAUCUAGCGGCAUGCCAGCGCAGGCUGUUUCGCCUGAUCCAGCAACCAAACAGAAGCGCGACAGCAACAGCUCCCAGACGACCACCUCUAUUGCCCACCCCAAAGUGCCUCAAUCGGAACAGCCGUACACAGAAGAGGAGAAGUUGUUCAUGUUUGAGACACGCAAAGCCUUGGAACAAGCGUUAGGUAAAGAAGCCUUGGAGGCCCACGAGAAAGUUCUGACGGAGGAGAAAGAGAGCACGGAGAAGUACAUCUUGGACCUGGAAGCGGCAGUGAAGCAGCAGCAUGGGACACCCGUAGUGCACGAAACCCUCAUCCAGGAUCAGAUAGCUAUUCUGAAGGUGAAGGCCGAGGGACAAGACGAAUCCGCUAGAACAGAAAUUAAGCUUCUUCGCGAGAGCAACACGAAGCUUGCAGAAGAAAGAACCACAAUUGGACGAUGUGUUCGGCUACUCACAGAUGAAAACGUCGUUCUCAAGAGACAAUACGAAGGCGCCAGCGCGGAGAUUCAGAUACUUCAUGAACACAACACAACACUUGCCGAAGAGAAUGCCGCACUUUUGCGCAAGGUCAAGCUACUCAAAGAUGAGCAAGGCACUUACAAGGCCGAGCGACAAGAAGAAGCCUACAGAAUUGCAAUCAAGACACUUCGAGAGCAAAACAAGAAGCUGGCAGAUGAGAAGGCCGCACUUGCACGCAAUGUUGAGCUACUCAAUGCAGGGCACGAUAACUUGAGGGCCGAGAUCUUCGCCUUGACCCAGGACAUAUGCAAUCAAAAGGAGCUCUACAAGAAGGAGAUGAACGACUCUGAAGGAGGUAUGAAGGAUAAUGCGCGAAAAAACAAGAAGUUCACACAAAAACUGAAGCAGCGCAACAACAAAUUGAUCGAAAAGAAUGUCAACCUAUCGAGGAAGGUUAUGGAGCUGGAAAAAGAUGACUCUACAGAACUUCUUGAAGCACGACAGCGCAUCCAGGAACUUCACAUCCAAGUCGAAAAACUAGAGCAGGGCUUCCGUCAGCGCGGCGAACAGCUCAUCGAGCUCAGCAGAGACUCCAUGUCGAAAGAAAAGAUCAAGAUGCAGAAGAAGGCAGCUGUUGAAGCUAGGGACCUGCUGCAGACACGUAUGUCUGGCAUGUUCAAGAACUACAGGGUUCUCUUUAAGAAGAACACUGCUCUGUUAGAUAAACUAGUAUCGGUGGCUGAAGUGGGAAGACUCGGGAAAGUAAGAAAGGCUUACCGUCAAGAGAUGAAGCUGCUGAAAGGUCAGCCACUUGAAGAGUUAUACGAGUACAAGCAUCAGCACUGUUCCUCAAUCAUGGCACUCAACACACCUAUUUCUUCACAACAAAACACCCAGACAUCUUAUCGUACGAGUGAAAACUCCCAGUCUGUCGAUGAAAAACAAGUGCCCGCUGUUAAAGUUAUCGAGCUCCCUCUCCAGCGCCUGCAAUCCGAAAUCGAGAUCUUGAAAGUGAACACAAAAGACCUUCCGCAGGAGAUCAACGACCUAAGAAACAAGGUGAUCGAUAUCGAAGCCCAACUGGCACCUGCUGCCUUUUCGAAAGCUUUUUCUUCUACUAUCCAUGAUCUUACUACCAAAAGCAAGGCCGCAAUCCAUACUAAGGUGGGAAAAGUGCUAGAGAGUCAAGAGCUACGAGACAGAGUUUCCAGUCAGGUUGUCAAGCAGAUGGAAACUGAGAAGAUGCAGAGAGUGCUGCAAGACUAUGCGAAGAAGGCUGUUAGUAGUCAAUCCCCAGAAGAGAUCUUCGAACGAUUGCACUAUAUGGUGGAUGAGGCAUUCGUUGGCGUUAAUGAGAGAAUCGACAAGAUCGAAAAGGAGCUCACGGCGAAGAUGGAAGAUACGAAACAGCUCCAUCUUUGCCACCAAGAUGGCAAGGCAAAGCACAAGAGAGACGAGAAAAUGGAGAAGGACGAAGACAAGAGGAAGGGAAUGACGAACGAAAAGGAGCAAGAUGAAAAGGAGGAGAGUGAAGAGGAUGAGGACGAAGACGAGCUGAAAGUGAGAAAAGGAUAG